AUGGAGCUCGACGCACGGGAAGACAUCAUCUCCAUGGAAUUUCUCAAGUUCGGCGACCUAGGCAAGUGGAUUGGGAAAAUGACAGGUCAGAACAACAUGGACCCAGAUUCUAUGUUCUCCGAAAGGGUGGCCUGGAUAGUAUUUGAGUGCCUCUGGCGGGGCUGCGUUGCUCUGGCAUUCCCUACAGGAUUUCAUCAGGGGAAGGAUCCAAUGACCACGCAGAUCCCUCAGAUUAAUGAGUCGCCUGAGAGGUCUUCUGUAGGCGGAGGCGAUCCAUUAGUUCACUUCGACUUAGAUCCUCAAAAUAUCUUUGUUGGAGACUUCGCUGCAGACCAUGGUCUGUGGCCAGUGACCAAGAUAGGUGAUUUGGGCUUGAGUCUUCAGCCUCUAUCUCAAGUAUUUGAGGACGAUAUUGACGAAGAAUCGAAGCGCUGGAUACAGAGGAGUAGGGGAAAGCGCGACUCUUUUCUGCCAGAGCAAAUGACCGAGGAGUGGGAUUAUAUUCCGAACCUGGAUGCUCUCAAAAGUCAUGAAGUCGCUGGAAACUUCCACGCGCACUCAAACAUCUACCACAUCGGCCUGACCAUGUUCCAGCUCAUAACCUUGAACCUCCCGGAUGAGCCCCCUUUGGCACGCCCUUACAAUUUUAGAAUCGAUCGCCAGACCUUGAGCGGAUGGACGUACGGCCAUAAUCUCCUGUCCGAGAACAACCCCGAGCUGGUCGAGCACUUCUCCGCAGAACUGAGGAACACGGUUGCCUGGUGCAUGGAACACAACCCAACGGAAAGACCUAGCCUGAGCCGGCUGGGUCAAAUCGUUGAAAGGAACGCCACACGGGUCUACCCGGAUCAGCCAGAUAAUGCCACGAGAACGUUGGUGGGCAACCUCUUGGGGACCCCACUGCCUCCUCCCACGAUAUUCAAGGUCCGGUAG